AAAAAAAAGAAAAAAAAAGGAAUAGAAGAAGCAAGUUUAACGGUCGACUUGUUGAGAGUUGAGAUCCACAGAAUCAAAUAAAAAGCGCGCGAAAGAGGUUCCUAGGGUUUUUCUCUGCAGAAAGAAAAGCAAAAAUCUCAGCAAUGGCGAUCGACUCUCUCGUCCUCGGCGCAGGGCAACAAGUCGGGAAGAGCUGCGUGGUGGUGUCGAUGAACGGGAAGCGAAUAAUGUUCGAUUGCGGUAUGGACAUGGCUUACCACGACCACCGCCGCUACCCCGAUUUCUCUCGCAUCUCCAACUCUGGCGAUUUCGACAGCGCCCUCACUUGCAUUGUCAUCACCCACUUCCAUUUGGAUCACAUUGGUGCACUUCCUUACUUCACGGAAGUAUGCGGGUACAGCGGGCCAAUAUACAUGACGUAUCCAACGAAGGCAUUGGCUCCUUUGAUGUUGGAAGAUUAUCGAAAAGUGAUGGUUGAACGAAGGGGUGAAGAAGAACAAUUUACUUCAGAGCAUAUUGUGGAAUGCAUGAAAAAAGUUAUAGCUGUGGAUCUGAAGCAGACUGUGCAUGUUGAUAAGGAUCUUCAGAUUCGUGCCUACUAUGCAGGACACGUUCUUGGAGCAGCAAUGUUUUAUGCAAAGGUGGGAGAUACUGCUAUGGUUUAUACAGGAGACUAUAAUAUGACACCAGAUAGACAUCUUGGAGCUGCUCAAAUUGAUCGACUGCAGCUGGACCUUCUUAUAUCAGAGUCCACAUAUGCAACGACUAUACGUGACUCAAAAUACGGUCGGGAGAGAGAAUUUCUUAAAGCUGUUCAUAAAUGUGUUGCCGGUGGAGGAAAGGUGCUCAUUCCUACAUUUGCACUAGGAAGAGCUCAGGAACUCUGUAUCUUGUUGGAGGAUUACUGGGAGCGAAUGAAUUUAAAGAUUCCUAUUUACUUCUCUUCAGGUCUGACUAUGCAAGCCAAUAUGUAUUAUAAAAUGCUUAUCAGUUGGACCAGCCAGAAGGUGAAAGAGACAUAUUCUACACAUAAUGCAUUUGAUUUUAAGCAUGUUCUUAAUUUUGAUCGUUCUAUGAUAGCUGCUCCUGGACCCUGUGUUCUUUUUGCCACACCUGGUUGGCUCAGUGGCGGUUUUUCACUUGAGGUUUUUAAGCACUGGGCUCCAUCUGAAAUGAAUCUUGUUACAUUGCCUGGGUACUGUGCGGCUGGAACCAUAGGACAUAAAUUGAUGUCAGGUAAACCCACCAAAAUUGAUCUGGACAAGAAUACUCAACUUGAUGUGCGAUGCCAGAUUCAUCAAUUGUCUUUCAGUCCUCAUACAGACGCCAAAGGGAUCAUGGAUCUUGUCAAAUUUCUCUCCCCCAAGCAUGUGAUACUAGUACAUGGUGAAAAACCUAAGAUGGCUACCCUAAAAGGAAGAAUACAUUCUGAAUUGGGAAUUCCAUGUGAUGACCCUGCGAACAAUGAGACAGUUAGUAUUUCUUCAACUCAUUAUGUGAAAGCAAGAGCCUCAGACACUUUUAUCCAUAGUAGUUUGAAUCCAAACUUUAAGUUUUCAAAAAGCAUUUCAGAAGAUGAAUCUGGUUCGUGUUUGAAAGAUAGAAGGUUCAUGCCGCAGCUGCAAGUAUCGGACGAAAGGACAGCAAAAGGGAUCUUGAUUGAGGAAAAGAAUAAAAAAGCAAAGAUUUUACACCAAGACGAGCUUCUUCUCAUGUUGGGAGAAAAGAAGCAUGAGGUUCGGUUUGCUUACUGUUGCCCCAUAAAUGUUAGCAACUUGGAAGAGACCAAAAGCACAUCAGAUAAUGUGCUUUGCACAUCUGACAGAUGCUCUUGGCUUCAACUGUUGAAUAAUAAACUUUCAGGUGAAAUUUCUGGUGGAAACAUCCAAGAUUUCGGGGAACAUCUUCAAGUAGAAUCAUUUGACAUAUCUGUUUGUCUGAAUGACAAAUGCCCUUACAGAAUAAUUGAAAGUCAAAAUAAAUCUGAAGCAGUGUUUUUUUGCUGCACUUGGUCAGUCGCAGAUGAGAAGCUUGCGUGGAAAAUCAUUUCGAUAAUGGAUAAUUUUGAUUGUGAAUCUCAUUGAGUUAUAUAUUGUGAAUUUUGAUUGUGAAUCUCAUUGAGUUAUAAUGGAGAAUUUUGAUUGUGAAUCUCAUUGAGUCAUAUAUGGUGAAGUCUGCCAUGAGUUACUUUCUGUAAUCAAUUUAUGACAUCGAUCAUAAAGGAAUCACCUAAUAAAACAGUACGAUUCUUGUGAGUAA